UGGACCAGAAGGGGAAGUGGAAAGAGGAGGGGGAAGAGGCGAUGGAGGAGCUGCCUUUUUGUCCCGAGGAAGAAGUGGAGGUGAAAGUGUUGGCCUUGUCUCCACGCUGCUGGACCAUCUCUCCGCUCUGCUACCUGGAGGAGCCGGACAGGUUUUUCCCACCAUCCCUCAGUCAGCGCUUGGUCAAGUUUGCUGACUUCUACACACAGAGCCAGAGCCGCUUCGGGCUGGAGCACACCAAGCCUCGGCGUUUACAGUGGACAUGGUUGGGCCAUGCAGAGCUCGAGUACCAGGGCCGCAUCCUGCACGUCUCUACCCUGCAGAUGUACAUCCUUCUGUGCUUCAACCAUGCUGAGGAGGUUUCUGUGGAGACACUCUUGGAAGCCACAGGCCUCUCUCCUGUCCUCCUGAGGCACGCACUGAAACCUCUGACAAAGGAAAAUGGGGUCCUGACACAGAAUCAGAAUGUCCUAACGCUGAACCAAGGGAUGUUGCUCCAGCUGCCUGGCCAACACUUGCGGCUGUUGCCCAAACCAGCAUACUUGAAUGGGGAACUGGAUGAGGGCAUCCGUGCUCUGGAGAGGAAGAGGAACACUCUUUGCGGCCUCAUCCCCCAGAUCCUGAAGGACAAGGAGAUGCACAUUGACAAGCUGGUGUUCAAGGUGAUGGAGGCCUACCAGAAGCAGGAGUCUGGCUCUGCUCUCAAGCCCCUGAGCGCCGACUCCUGCAGCAGCGCUGACAUCUUGGCCUGUGCCCAGCACCUCCUGCACCAGGGCUCUAUCCAGCGACGGGAAAGCUGUCCACAGCUCUUGGAACACGUCCCUGCAGAGCCCCCAACCCCAGCACUGCCAAAGGAUCAGCCUCCGAUAGCCUUUCAGACUGUGCAGAUCAAGAAAGGGCCAAGCGUGCCCUGUGUGGGAAAGAGACAGACAUUUUCUACAUUUAGGUAGAAAUGGGGCCUGCUUUGCAUCUACGACUGUCCAGGGGCCACGCUUUAGGAGGUGGGAGAGAAGGGGCCAUUCUUGGCUCUUCAAGACUCUGGCUUCUCGUGGCUGCAGCUAGUCCGAGGAGCACUCGGUGGUCUAGCAGUGCAGCCGCUCUCCAUUGAGGAAAGGACACUGGCAUUGCA